UACUUCUAAACCAUUCUCUAUAAAAAGAUCAUGAUGGUACCCUAUUGCUUCACAAUUCUAUCAAUCCCUGUAAUCUGUUAUAAUUUGCAGAUAGUAAAGAACUAAGGAUGGCCAACCAAAUUGUACUUUUGGCUACAAUAAUAGCCAUGACAUGUUCUCUGGUUAUUGCUUUCGAGCCUAGUCCACUACAAGAUUUCUGCAUUGCUGACACCACUAGCUCAGUAAUAAGAGUAAAUGGCUUGCCUUGCUUGGACUCCAAGCUAGCACAAGCGGAGCAUUUCUCCUUCGGAGGACUUCACAUCCCUGGAAACACCUCAAACCCUCUCGGUAUUACAGUUACCCCAGUCAAUGUGGCUCAAAUUCCAGGACUCAACACCCUUGGUAUCUCACUGGCUCGAAUUGACUAUGCACCAGGAGGUGUUACUCCUCCCCACACUCAUCCUCGUGCGACUGAGAUUCUGACAGUUGUGAAAGGCAAGCUCUAUGUUGGCUUUGUGACCUCCAACCCAGAGAAUAAGCUCAUCUCCAAGAUCAUUAAGAAGGGUGAUGUGUUUGUGUUCCCUGUUGGACUAGUUCACUUCCAGAAAAAUCUGGGAUCUGGAACAGCCAUUUCACAGUCUUCUCUGAGCAGCCAAAACCCUGGAGUCAUCACUAUUGCUAACUCAGUUUUUGGACCCAAUCCCUCAAUUUCAGAUGAUGUUCUGGCCAAGGCUUUCCAAGUUGACAAGUCCAUUAUUAGUACUUUGCAAGCACAAUUUUAGAUAAUUUCCUG